GCUUGUGCAGAACCUGCUGGGAGAGAUGCCUCUGUGGAUCUGUCAGAGCUGCAGAAAGAGCGUGGAGGAAGAAGAAAGGAGGGCCCUUCAAGAACAGCCCCUGGCGGUCUCAUUAUCACACACGUCCUGCAAGUCACAGUCUUGUGGGGGUGGCUCCCACUCCUCUUCCUCUUCUUCUUCCUCGUCAUCAUCGUCCUCCUCCUCCUCAUGCCAUGGGAACUCAGGGGACUGGGAUCCCAGCUCGUUCCUGUCUGCACACAAACUCUCAGGCCUCUGGAACUCCCAGCAGGCUGGCGGUACCAUGCAGGGCCCCUCGAUUGGGGGCCCUCCUGCUGCACCUGGUGAGGCCUUCCACUCCUCUGAACAUCACCGGCACUCAGACCUCACCGCCCCCCCCAACAGUCCCACUGGCCAUCCCCCACCACCAGCAUCACUGAUCCCUGCUCACCCAGGACCCUUUGGAUCUCCACCCCAUGUCCACCUAACCCCUACAACCCAGGCAGCACCUUUCCCCACACCUGUCCCUAACAAUCAUGCUCCAGUGCCCAAGACACCUUCUGAGUCACCUACUGCUGCCACUGCUGCCCCACAUAGCCCAGCACCAUGUAAGAGCCCUCACCUACCCUCUGCCAACAUGCCGCUUCUGAAGAUGCCUCCUCCACUCUCAGGGUGUAGUCACCCCUGCAACGGGCACUGCACUGGGUCUCUGGUCCCUCAAGCUGCCUCACAUCAGCUUCCCAGCACUAACAGCAGAGACCCUGGGUGCAAGGGGCACAAGUUUACAAAUGGUACUGGCUGCCACCCACCACAGUCUUGUGAAGCAGACGAGGGGCUGGGAGAGGAUGAGGACAGCAGCUCAGAACGAAGCUCCUGCACCUCAUCCUCCACUAAUCAAAAAGAUGGGAAGUUCUGUGACUGCUGCUACUGCGAGUUCUUUGGACACAACGCGCCCCCCGCUGCCCCGACAAGUCGAAACUACGCUGAAAUCCGAGAGAAACUGCGCUCACGACUGACAAAGAGGAAAGAAGAGCUGCCCCAGAAAAUGGGCCUGGCAGGGAAUGGCCCAGGUGAACCAGCUGUGGAUCAUCGAGAUGUGGAUGAACUUCUGGACUACAUCAACAGUACUGAACCCAAACCCCUCAACAGUGCCAAGGCAGCCAAGCGAGCCCGUCACAAACUGAAAAAGAAGGAAAAAGAGAAAGCUCAGCUAGAAGCUGAGGGCUCUAAGCGUAUUGAUCGCAGCUCCAUGGCUGGUCAGGGUGCAGAACCAACAGGGGAGAAGCUCUUGGAGUGGCCCCAGCUUGAACUUGAGAGGGUAAACAGCUUCUUGACCAGUCGCUUGCAAGAGAUCAAGAAUACCAUCAAGGAGUCCAUCCGAGCCAGCUUCAGUGUUUAUGACCUUAAUCUGGAUGUGAAUGACUUUCCUAAAAAGGCAGCCAUGCUGGAGCAGAGGGACCUGCUUUCCCGCCUCAAUGGUUCAUCUGACCUGCAGGAAAUUGGCCUAGAUCUCUCACCUUUGACUUUGGGUUCCUCCCAAAACCACACACUACACUCCCCCAGUGAGCUGGACCCAGCCCAGGAUGAGAGAAUUUCUCUUCCCCCACCCCCUACCACUGAGAAUGGGCUACUUAAAAGGCUUAGUGCUGUACCCAACCUCUCCCGGAUGAUCUGGGUUCAGUCCCCUAAAGUUGCUGACUCAGCCCCUGAAGGGCUGGGCCAAGACAUGAAGGAUGCAGUCUCCAUCAAUGGACCUGAGCUCCCUGAGCCCCCGCCUGGAGGAGGGGGCAGGCAGAAGAAGAAUAAGAGGCAGAGCAGUCAAGCCAAGAAAAGUGAGACAUACACAGCACCUGGGCAUCAGGCUAAGCUGGACAGUCCCCCCACCAAGGGACAGGCUUCGGGAGCCAGGCAACCGGCCAAGGGCCAAGAGCCCCCAGAAGGGCCUCGUGGGAGCCGCUCAGGUCAGAACUGGACUUGGAAUGCCAAGGCCGAAAAAGGAAGCUUGUGGAGAAGUCGGAAGAAUGAGGCCAAGGCAGACCGGCCGGAGCAGGAAUCCGUGCAGCUACCAGGCCCAGGGUAUGGGCCACUUGGGAGCCCAGCUGGGCUGGGAGCCUCACCACAGACCAAGGGAAAGCACAGGAAGAACAGGAACAAGAUAGAGAAAUCUACCACUUCUCUGGAUGAUGUGUUCCUGCCCAAGGAUGUGGACGGAGUAGAGAUGGAUGAGACGGACCGGGAGGUGGAAUACUUCAAGAGGUUCUGCCUGGAUUCUGCAAAGCAGACACGUCAAAAAGUGGCUGUGAACUGGACCAACUUCACCCUCAAGAAAAUCACUUCCAGCGCAGCUCAGUGAGCCCCUGCCUGGUCCACACUGAACUAUUCUCCAGGAUGGUCGUAGCUCUUGGGUAUUGGCUGAAUAUCUGGAGAGAAAGUACUUCCCCUCCCCCCCUCCUGCCCUCCUGGUGGCUGACAUUCAUACCUGGCCACUUGCCACUUGACCACCUAAGAACCCUUACCCCUGGAUGAACCAAAACCUGGAUUGACACUGAGCUGUGAUGGAAACAAACUCUGGAUCUUCGAAAAGCCGAUUUCUGGUGCUAGCCAGCCUCCUCCACUCUUGAAGCCCGGACUGGGACGGGCUGCUCCCCCAGGGCACUGUGGGGCAGAGGAGCUGGUAGAAUUGCCUGCCCAGCGCUUCUCUCUGUGUUUGGUUUUUUUUUUUAUUCUUUACUUUUGAUACUGUGAAGAUCUUUCAUGCUGAAAGAUUAAAUGACAUUUGGACACAGGCAGUGUGCACAGUGAUUUGUUCAACUUACUUAAGGUCAGACCAGAC